AUCAUGUGAUGCGAAGUCACAACUUUCAUUUCAGACUGCUUCGACGAUGGAUCUGAGAGGAAUUCGGGGACUUGUCUGUUUCUUUCAGAUCAUAGUCUGUCUUAUUUACCGAUCUUCGGGUGAGGGAAAGUUAGUCAUGGUUAAUUUGGUUUAUCGUCAUGGUGACCGGUCCCCUGUCAUAAUAUUUCCUAAAGAUUCUCACCAGGUUGAAGACUGGCCGAAUGGGCUGGGUUGGCUCUCAAAGACAGGAAUGAGGCAGCAUCAGAAAUUGGGCCAGUGGCUGGGGAAUCGCUAUAGGAUGGAUAAUACAUUACUGAAUGCUUCCUAUCGUCAUAACGAGAUUGAGAUUGCUAGCUCAAACGAGGACCGGUGUUUGAUGUCUGCCUACAGCAAUCUGGCUGGACUCUAUCCCCCCACUGAGCAGGAAAAAUUUGACCCAUCCAUCAAUUGGCAGCCGAUUCCUGUCCACACAAGACCAGAGAAGGAAGACAAUGUCAUCAAUAUGGGAAUGUCCUGUCCACGAUAUGAUGAACUGAUGUCAGAAACAUUGUCAUCAGACACUGUGCAGAACGAAGAGACCAAAAACAAGAAAUUUUAUGACCUACUGAAGAAGAACACCGGACUUCCUGACGUCAACAUUCAAAAUGUCUGGCAGCCAGGAGACACACUGUAUUGUGAGAAAUCUCAUAACAUGACCCUUGACCCAUGGGCCUUACAAAAGUAUGGUAACACCACUGUUUACGAUAAACUCAGGAAACUAGACGCUUGGCAGUUUCACCUUUUGUACUAUACCAAAGAAAUGGCCAAAUUAAAGGGUGGACCGCUUCUGAAGGAGAUGAGAGACAACAUGGUUAAUGUAUCAAAGGACAAGAAUUACACAGGACCCAAGCUUUUCAUGUUUUCUGGGCAUGACACGACCGUGGCAGCCUUACUGAGUGCCCUGGGUCUGUACGCUAACAUCUCGUCCAGCCCUCCGUACACGGCUUGUGUGAUGUUGGAGCUUUACAAAACGGACAGCUACUACUAUGUGGAGACACACUACAAGGACAAUCACCUGUCUGACCGAAACGCGUCCAGGAUUUUAACUCUGGAAGGAUGUGACAAAAAAUGUCGUUUGGAUACAUUUCUGUCCCUCACCGCCUCUGCAGUACCUACAGAUUGGAGACGAGAGUGUGAAACUCACCACAGACCCAACAAAUCCGGAAUCCAUCUAAGCACAUCGGAGAUUAUUUCUAUAUCCUUGGCAGUCGUUCUGAUUGUGACUUUGGUGUGUCUGAUAAUCACCUGUGUGAAGUUCAAGCGAUCGUCCUCAGAAGGGGGUUACAGAAGCUUUAUCAACGCGUCCACGUAAGAUCCGAAUCACCAGCCCAGUCAAUGCUCGGUGUAGCUAGGCCAGAUGGAUAUUUACUGGAAAGAGGAAUUUCUAAGAGGUGUUGGUCUCUAAUUUGUGAUACAGAAAGACUUUAUUUUGGGGGGAAAAUUUUCCCAGAAGUUCUUGUAAUUCUAUGCAGAUCCUUGUACUUAUGUGUUGUUUAAAUAUUUUGAGUUUUUAGUAAGUCUCCUAAAUGAUGUUUGCUGUUUUUCUUCAUUUUUUUUGCCCCCAUAAUCGGAGAUUUAGGGCAUAUAGUUUUGUCUGUUUGUUUGCGAAAACUUUAACCUUGGCCAUAACUUUUGAAUGCAUGGUGAUAGGGCUUUCAUAAUUCACAUCUAUUCCUUGUGACCUUGGAGUUUGACCUACUUUUGAAAAACAUUAACCUUGGUCAUAACUUUUGAAUUAUACUCUCCCAUUUCACGUGAUUAUGUAUAUUCCUUGUGACAUUAGACAUUUCACAUGAUUAUGUAUUAUAUUCCUUGUGACAUUAGACAUUUCACAUGAUUAUGUAUAUUCCUUGACAUUAGACAUUUCAUGUGAUUAUGUAUAUUCCUUGUGACAUUAGACCUUUCAUUUGGUACUAAAAUUACUUUAAUGCCAUCAGUGUUUCACUAACACAUCUGUUUUUUUUUUUUACUCCUUUUUGAUCGCUGCUAAAUUUGUCUGAAGCGGAAAUGGUUUGGUGCAAGUUUACAAUAUCUUAUGGUAUGGUAGACUUAUAUUCUUAGAUGAUCCUAAGCAUUCAAGUUUUUCAAUUUGUGGGUUUGGGGUAUCAAAAGGGGGUGGGGGUUUUACUAUAGAAGUCUACGAGAAAAUUGUAAAACCACAAUUUUUAUUGCCUCAAACUUUUACAUUGUUUGUUGCGAAAUUCAAUGAAAUUUUGUAUACAGGGUUUAGGAUGGUAAAUAUAAUGAUGAACUAGAAAUUUUCAAAAUGGCCAACAAAACUGCAUUAAUUAAAUGUUUUAUCGUUUUCUGAUCUGAACCAAAUUUGCAAUUUUCAUAAUAGGUGUUUGAAACUUUGAUUUGACGUAAUACUUAAUAUAUAUGUAUUUGAUAUGUAAAAUACAAUGUCACCAUUAACUAAUAGUGUACUUUAGAAAAAUAAAAACGUGUUUCCUCUUUGUUACACAUAUUUCACUUGUGUUGGAAGGUUUUCCUUUCAUUUUGAGUGAUCUCAGGGAAACUAACUUUCAGGGUUUUGCUAGAUGAGUGCAAGUUGUAAAACAAUAUGCAUUUUUUAAAAUUAUAUUUAGUGAACUUAACUUCUUUUUUCGAGUAGGGAUGCAAUUGGUUUUCGUUCGAGACUUUCGUAACAGCAAUAAUAACUCGUUAUCUAGGAGAUAAUUAUAUAUAUAUGUAUAUAAUAAAGAAAAAAUUAGAAUGCCGAAAAUAACUCAACCAAUUUUAUUUUCAGUCUUCAAGAGUUAUAUGUAUAAUAUAUAUAUUUUACACAAAAUGAAUACAUACAUUGUCAAGUAUAGUUGUAAUUGUCAAGAAAAUGAUGGAAAACAGGUUUACGGUUACAUGUACAUUAAACAUUCCAUUCUCAAUUUAUAUGCUUCUCGAGUUUUACAAAUAUUGACAUGUUUUCAUUUAAUAAGCUUCCUUUGUUACAUACUGAGUAAUACUCACGUGUUUCAAAGUAGAUACUCACUAAUGUCUAAAUCUGCAGGUAUGAGCAUGAUCGGUUCAUAUUUUACUAUAAAAAAUAUCGGAGGGAAAUUCCGAGAAAAUCUAGAGACAAUUAACUUGUCAUACAUGCAAUGAUGGUUAUUUUUAUAUGUUUAAAAACUUUAAUUAUUUUCAUUUUUCAAAUCUAGUGUCGAUUUGUCUAUUAAAUUUUCACACACCUGCAACAUACAUGACAGGUAAGAAAUUACAUUGGGAACAAACAUAUAUAAAUUCAUGACAAGAGCGCCUGAGCCAUUACAUUUUGCUAAUGUAUGUAUAUAAUGUACCAAAUGUAAACGAUUGUAUUUGCAUUUUGAUAUUUCAACAUAUUUACUAGAAUUUUUUGUUGAAUAUUUGUUUAGAGGGUUAAUUUUUUGUCAUUACUUUCUAUCUGUAACUAUACAGUUAGUAAUUUGCUCACAUAUCUUUGACAACAUAAAUUCUGUUUUGCCUUGUCUUUAGUUUUCAGUUUUGCAGCUCUCGUGGGAUGUCCUUGACAAGUGAGAUUUCCUGAUCAAAGCAUUUUUUGUCUUUUUGUAUAAUUUAGGUGAAAUAAAUUGACCCAUCUUUUUUAAAUUCUCCAAUGUCAAGGAUUGCUGCAACAGUUCAUCUGCAACUUUGAAAAAAAUAUUAUUAAUGGAAGAGUAUCUAAAAUUUCACAAAGAGCCACCGGCAUUCUUCAGAAAUGGUCUUUGAGCUGGAUGUGCAUUUAUGUGCAUUUUCUAAUUAUAGUGAUCAGAAUUGAUGAAAUUUUGCAACCUUUGGCUUUCCAUAUUUACAGUGGGUGCCAAUGUUUUAUGUGGCAUGAUUAUGGCGUAGUAUUUUCCAUAAUUAUGAUUUUUUUCAUUAAAGAAAGGAAAACAUUUUAAGCAAAUGAGUCCCAUAUGAAACCUGUUAAUACAGGGAAUGAUGAAAUAACUACAUGUAACAAGGUGUACAAGUUAAUUAAGACCUCAUUAAUCUUGCGCCAAAUUAAAGUCGAGCAUAAUACACAAAAUCUUGGUAUUCCCUAUUUUGAGAGCAUCAUGUUUAAUGUGUUUCCAUUUGUUGAUUGCUAUAGAUAGGUGUUCCUUUGCAUUUUCACAAAAUGAACUUAAUAAUACAGUUGAACUUCUGCACCUCAAACAUUGAUAUCUCGAAUACCAUAGAGUUAUGUCGAAGAGAUUAAAAAGUCUCAACUACAUGUUUAUGUUUUUCAAACUCAAAAUCUGGAAUCCUUGGAUAUCUGAACGUUUUAUUUUUCUCGGCCCCAUCAAAUUCGAGAUAACGAAGUUUGACUGUAUAUAGAUUUAUUUUUGUUCUUCAACAAGGAUGAAGAAAAAUGCAUUUUCAUGAAUGUUUUUGAUGUUGACACGAUUGUUUAAAAAAUUACUAAUAAAAUUUGAUUAUUAAAGCC